AUGGUUGUCAUCAAGGAGGGUCGCAACCUAUUGUUACUAUGGCUUGGACACGUUGGUUUAUGGUACCUGUGGCAGCAACAAGUUAAGGACCUCAAAGCAAGAAUGCUGUAUGGUUGGCUCAAUGGUAUGCAUGGCAUUGGGUAUACAAAGCAAAACAUGUUAAUUAACAAGCCUUACAAUGAAACAGCAGCAGCAUCUACUGGAUCGCAUGAAUACCAGGUUAUUUGCAGCAACAAUGGUAUUGGGAAUACCUAG